AAUGGCGUGGAUAGAGAGGUGGCAGAGAUGGGAGGGAGAGAGAGGAGAAUUAAAAAGAGGGGGAAGAAGGGGUUGGAAGAGGUGGAUUGGUGGAGAGUGAAAGAUUUUAAGUUAAGCAGUCACGAUGAUUACAAGUGUUUCCGUUGGUGGAUUUUGAAUAGUUCAUCAGAACCCACUUCAAAACUCGCAACGGUAAUUAACUGCCUCUCGUGCCUCUUACCUCCUUAUAUAAUCCCCAUGCAAUCGGAUAUUUCUUUUCACAGUUUUUAUCGUUAUUUCCUGUUACCGACAAAUUGUGUCUGUUCCGGUAGCGGCGCUGUCUCUUUGGCGCCGCUACUACACAACACAUAUCCAUUUCCCCACCGAAGCAACAAAGUUGAUUACUGUGUCUCCAAUCCACCGUGA